AUCUACCGACAACUCUUCUCGUUGGUCUUCCUCUCCAAUCUUGCCAUUUUCAUCUGGAUCGUUGUUCGGGACCGCAGCGUCGUCCGCGGGGCCGAUGCCGCAGCAGCGAAUUUCCUGGCGUGCGGACUCGCCCGCCAGCCAUUGAUUGUGAAUGGCUUCUUUAUCACACUGUGCUCGAUCCCGCGAUCGCUGCCGUUGAGACUGCGGCGCAUGGCGGCCAAUGUCUACCAAUAUGGUGGAGUGCACAGCGGGUGUGGGAUGGCCUCUUUGCUCUGGUAUCUGGGGAUGCUGGGGGGGUUGACCCGCGAGUUCUGCACGGCCACAACGCACGCAACACCAUCAAUCAUUGCCCUGGUCCUCGCCUAUUUGAUCGUCGUUCUUCUUCUCGCCAUCAUCGCCGUCGCCUAUCCAGCCUUCCGCGUGCGCCACCACAACACCUUCGAACUAACCCACCGCUACGGCACCUGGGCCGUCGUGGCACUGUUUCUGGUCUUGCUGCUCGUCUUCGCCCAAGCCUCCUCCCCAAACCAUAUUGGCGAGUAUCUUUGCCAACGCCCCGCAUUCUGGUGCGUCUGUCUGGCCGCCGGGGCCCUGAUCCACCCCUGGACGCGACUCCGCCAGAUCCCCGUCCAGUGCGAGCUCCUCUCCUCUCACGCGCUCCGGCUGCAUCUCCCUGGCGGCACGCACUUGGGGAAAGUCAUCACCCUGGCGCAGCACCCGUUGCGGGAUUGGCAUAGCUUUGCGACGUUUUCUGAUGCAUCCCAGUUCCCAGACCCGUCGGCGGGUUCACCGCCACCCUCUUGCUCCAUCAUCGUCUCCCGCGCCGGAGACUGGACCAGCGAGCUCCUCGUCCACCCGCCCACCACCCUCUACACCCGCGGGGUCCAAACCUACGGCUUCACGCGCACCAUGCGUCUCUUCCACCGCAUUGUGCUCGUCGCGACGGGCAGUGGCAUCGGACCCUGUCUGGCCUUCCUGGAAGCGCGGCAAAGACCCGCGAUCAAACUCUGCUGGCAGACGCGGGCGCCGGAGAAGACCUACGGGAAGGAGAUCUGGGAAUUGGUACAUCAACUCGAUCCGCACCCGCUGGUGGUUGAUACGGAUGUGGCGGGGAGGCGGGUGGAUCUGGUGCCGGUGGUGGAGAAGCUGUAUGGCUGGAUGCAGGCGGAGAUGGUGUGUGUGGUCAGCAAUCAGAGGGAGACGGAGCGGAUGGUGAAGGCGUUGCGGGCGAGGGGGGUGUAUGCCUUGGGGCCGGUUUUUGAUUCUUAG